AUGGUAAGGGAGCGGCCCCGUCCCGUGGGGGGUUUUCGGGUGUUCUUAGCUGGGGUGCUGCUUGAUAUCGUCUUCAGGCGAAUUCCUAGGGUUCUGGGCGGGCGAUUCCGUUUUUCGGCGCAAUGCGAUGUCCUUGAUCAUGAAACGGUGGCAGCUUGGCCUGGGGUUGGGUUUUCGUGGGGGAUGCGGCCCUGGCUCGGCGUGCCUAGUUGCGUGUAUAGUGUACGGAUCGUCGAUGAGACCCUUGAUCGAAUCCGCAUGUUGCCUGGAUCUGUCUGUGAGAUGAGCAGAAUUGCUGGACACUCUGGCCCAUCUUGCAGUGCACCUGCGUAUCAGUUGUUUCGCCCUGUUACUCGUUCUAUGACCCUUGGGUCUGAUCCUAUCGUGGCUUCACCUGGUUUCAAGGCAGGGGGAUCUGCUAGCACAAGCACAAGAAGAAGUACUUCAGAUGCUUCUUUUAGCACUCAGUUAGCUGCUUCACGACCAACUGCCACUCAUGCCCGGACCCCUCUAAAAGUGACUUCAUCUGGUUGGAAGCCUCUUACUCAACCUGUUGCUCUGAAUGAAGAGAGGAAAUGUGCAAGCCUUACAAUCAACCCUACUGCUAAGCGUUCCAGAGUUGCUUCUUCCCGAGCUGUCAAAGAUUCAAUCAACCAUUCAGCUUCAAAAGCUAACUCAAACGUUGCCAGUGGCAAGAAGUACAGAGAUGAAGAAAUUGUGAGCCUGGGCGAUCAGUCAGAUGGAGCUGUCAUGCCAUCUCCCACAAAGAAGCUACAGAUAUGCAAAGGCCUUUCAGAUGCACCUUCAAUAAGGAAAUCAACUAUCAGAAUCCUGGGUGUUAAGGGAGCUGCUCUACCACCCACAGGGAAAUCUCAAAUUGAAACUGGGAAAAGCUUUGCUAAUGCUCCAGCAGAAGUGAUUUCUGCUAGUACAAAUGAGAUCAGUCAGUCAGAAAAUGCAGCUGUCCCAUCGCUUGCACAGCAAUUGCAACCUGACACUGCAAAGAACUCCAGUGUCACCAUGCAUAUCCAUGAAACAAGUAAAGUCAAUCAGUUGGCUGCUACAGUUGCUACAUUACCAAGGUCGAUCCUUCAAAAUGAUUACAAUAAGAAGCCUUCCAAUGUACCAAUAAUGGCUAACCAGGCCAGUGGGUUGGCUGGUGCGACUGCUCCCUUGAUUACACCAAAGUUAGAAAUCGGAAACAUGAAGGACAGUUACAAUCCUCUCUCAAAUCCUGCUUACACAAGGGCGCUUUUAAUCAAGCAGCAAGAGCAGCUGCUUCAGCAAUUUAAAUUGGGUAGUUCACAGCAGCAGCGGCAGGAACAGCAGCUCUACAUAAAAGGGCCAGCUCUGUUUGAGAAUGAUGACCCGCCACCGGUUGAGCCGCUGGGAACAAGGUGCCAGCUCUGCAAGCUUGAUAUUGCUUUCCGACCACAAGGGGAUGCUGGCCGUGAUGCCAAUGCUCCUCCAGUCGUUGCGGUUCUGGCAUGCCACCAUGUGUUCCACAGCAGGGAGCGAGGGAGCAGCCAGGCAUGGAGGAGCCCGUUCCGGCUGAUCCCCCCAGGAUUUUCUGGAAGUCAAGGAGAUCAGGUGCCUGCUGUCUCAAUUCCUGUUCCUGCAUACAAAAUCUUGCUGAUUUCAACCAAUGGCCGGAGCUUGCAACAAGAACCUGACAAAGAUGCUACCGAAGAAACUAAUGAGCAGGCUCAAGAGGAACCCAUGAAGACCGACGAUGCAACAGAUACAACAGCUACAGCUGAGGAUGUACAACCAAACCCAAAAGCUAACUUAUCUGAGAAGCGGAAGGCUCUCUUUGAGCCUCUCGAGCCGAUCAACGGCAAGCGCAGUGCUGAAAUGCUGCUUCCACCACCGGACUUUGAGCCCGCAUCAUAUCCAAAGGGAUGGCUGGUGGGCAAGAAACGCAAGCUCGUUAAUGUAGAUGUUGUGGAGAGCAUGAGGAGGAUUGCAAUCCAAGAAAUGAACAGAAAGGACCGUGAGAUCAAUGGACUGAACGAGCAGUUAGAGGAAGACUCCCGUGUGCUGGAGCUUCUACAGAAGCAGCUUGCCGAUGAGCGCAAGAAGCGGGCAGAGACUGAGAAGGAAAAUUCUAUGCUUCAUGAGCAGGUGACCAUGCUGAUGAACAUGCUGGACGAAAAUGAGGGUUUUGAUGAGGACGGAGGAGCUCCGCCGCCCGAUUCCUUUGAUUAA